UUUUUUGUCUAAAUAUAUAAAUAUUUUAUGAUUUUUUCGCCUAGAAAUAAGAGGAUCUGCUUAUAAAAGCAAAAAAUAUGUCUAGGGAGUUGUGGAAUAAAAAUCAGGCAAUAGAACGUCAUCAAAAACAAGCAACACGGCAAAGAGGAGCAGUAAAACAUAAGGUUCGGGAUGUUCCGUUUGAAAUUCAUCCGAUUUAUUUGGGAUCAUCUAAGUUUUCAGAUAAAAAUCGGAAUGAAAAUAGAGAGUCUCUAUUGAUAAAAGAAUUAGAAAAAAAAUCUAGUUCUAUUAGACAUUUGGAUGCCUCUUUAGUGCAAUCUCCAUCAAUUUCAGCAUCUCGUGCUUUAAAUGGUUCACAAAAAAAUGUGUAUAAAUAUGAGGAUUAUGGGGGUAGAAGAGAUUCAGUAGAUCAUAGACAAACACAUUAUAAGAUUCCUACACCAUCAUUUGCUCGAAGGACGGGAAGUCCAGCGACGAAGCCACCACCCAGAAUAUCAGUAGGGCUAACACCUUUAAAAGAACAUUUUUUAAACGACAAUGUUGUAAAACCAUCUUUAAAACGAACUUUGCAGACUACACAAUCAGUUUCUGAUAUGAAACGUUUGAAAAAAACACGUAUAAAACAGGUAAAAAGUGGAAAAACAGUAAAACGUCAAAAAAUCCAUGAAUCACCUCUAGUGGAGGAAUAUAGUGAUCAAUAUCAUAGUGACGGAGAAACUGGCAGUGAUAAAGAAGAAAAUAUUGAUAAAGAUAGUGAUUUAGAAGAUGAAGAACAUGAUAGUAGUUAUGAUGAAACAGAAACAAAAUUUGUAAUUGCGGUGCAUAAAUCUUCUGAACGUAGCACAGCCUCGGUUAAUGAAAUAGAUGUAGUGUCUCAUGUGGUUUCAGAAUUGUUGAAGCGUUUACGCAGAAAAACAGAGUCGACAUAUGCUAAAAAAGUUAUACACGCGUUUGAAGAUGAAGUUUCUGUUAAAUUUUUGGAGAUGACGGAUAUAUUUGAUAAUUAUUUAAUUCUUGAUGGUGCUGUUAAAAAAUCUACUAGAAAUAUUUCACAUUUACGUAAUGAAUUGUUUACUAUAAGAAAAGCACGAAAUGAUGUCGCUCUGAAAAUGCAUCAUCUCAGACAACAUCAUAAUGAUAUUAAUAAUGAGAAUCAAGCAUUAAAAAGUAUACAGAAUUUCCUUGAAGAAAUUGAAAUCUUGCAUAAUAAAAUACCAUCGGAUGUUCAACAUACUGAAAAGACUGGAAUUGUUUCUUUAUUACACACUGUAACACCAUUUAUGAGAAAAUCAUGGGGCAUAUUAGAACAUUUGACUGCUUUUAAUACAUUUCUAGAAAAAGUUGAUAAGGCUUUAACUUAGGAUAUAUUGUAGCAAAACAAAUAUACAAUAUAUAUGUAUUUUUUAUAGAUUCAUGAAUAUGGUACUAUGUUUAAUAAAUUUAUUCGAUUAUUGGUAUUUAAAAAAGUUCGGGG